AUGAACAGCCUGUCCACAUCCACCCUCGAUGGCGAAGUUCUAGCAAACAUCCGCCAGUCCAUCGCUGAAUUUCUUCAGCGUUGCGGGUUGCAAUAUAAGAAUGUCCCGCUUGACGAGACGUGGUACUCCGAAUGCUGCCAGGAGGCCACCAAACGAGGCUAUCCGAUGGACACCAUCCUCCCAUACAUGUCUGUUGGCGUGGCUAUAACGUCUAACGCUUACGGCCACCUCCCGGACCGUCCAACCAAGAUGUGGAUCUGCCUCUUCACCGCCGUAUGCACCUGUAUGGACGACAUAAUGAUCAGCGGAGAAAAUCUAGUGCACCUGUACCGUUUCAACGAGCUGUUCGCGAACUGCCAGCCGCAGGGGCAUCCGGUUUUGAAUGCGCUUGACGAGCUCUUGCGGGAGGUCGCUUGCCACUAUUCUGCACCGGCGUCAAAUUUGAUCGUCACGUCCGCGCUCGACUUCAUCUCGUCGCAGGCUCCCUCAUACCCUGAGUAUGCUAGGAUGCUAUCAGGCGUGGACUAUGCGUACGCAUACUUCGUUUUCCCUUCCACACUCCCGCCUCGGGAAUACGUUCAAUGUAUAAUGGAUGUAGCCAUGAUAGUAAACUACGCAAAUGAUAUAUUGUCAUACUACAAAGAGGAGAUCCAAGGCGAUACCGCAAACUACUUGUCGCUCAUGGCAGCCUCUCGUGGUCUUAGCAAACAGGACGCUCUCCAGAAACUCAUCGAGAAAACUGUACAACUACAUCACGGCAUUCUCGAAUUCUUGAGACCGCAUCCUGAGGCAUACGACGCCUAUGUCGGAUUUUUCAAUGGGUAUUUCAAAUUCCACGCUACCUUUGGAAGGUAUAAGCUGGAGGAGAUCAUGUAGAAGAGGUUGUCUUCUUGAUGGAUACCUUUCUUAUGGUAUUUCUCAACUUUUCCUCUGUUGAUUACAUCUUGAAGUGGAGUACUAGCUAUCACGUUUGUACCUUGUUUCUAUGUCUACCAGGCGCCAUUAGGUUGCCUGUCUGACCCGACUUUUCUUACUCCUUCCAAUUCAAUCGAGCAGUUUUAUGAGAUUUUGUACUUACUUUUAGAUUAACUUUUC